AACCAUGUGCACGACUAGUUAACUUUUAUUUGUUUGUGCUAUAUAUGUGGGAACAGCAGGAAACGAACAUCAUAUCAUACCAAAAAUCCUUCACCCAAAAGAAAAGAGAGAGAAAACUAUCAAAAUUAUUGGUGGAAUAGCCAUGGAUUCCAUCGGUAGAUUUCAUGAGACAGAAACUGAUGAUAAACUAUAUCAGCAGCUUGUAUAUUAUCACCCAAAAUACACACCCAUACCACAAACAAAAAGCCCAACCUCCUCUCAUAAAACAGCCAGCCACGAUCUCCUUUUUCAACCACUUUUUUUAUGUCCUCAUCCACGUGUUACUAAACAACUUUCUGAUUCUAUCACUUUUCCAAUCAGUAAUUCCCCUGAAUACAUCGUCUCUGCAACAAAAAGUGAUCAAAAGUAUGAAGAUCAUUCACUACUCCCUUUGUUUUGGUGCAACAAUAAAGAAAUCGAUGUGGAUGGUGGGUGCGAUAUAUGCAGCGGCUCAAAUUUUGGCACAGACUAUUAUUUAUGUGUCCACUGUGAUAGUAUAUACCACAAAGAAUGCGUCCAAUCUCCAUUCAAAAUUGAGCACCCAUACCAUCCGGAGCACUCUCUACAACUUUCCUAUCUUGACCUUAAUGCUCGCAUUAUGGAGUGUUUUUGUUGUGGAAGAAGAGCAACAUAUCUGGUAUAUUACUGUACCAUAUGUGAUGUUCUAAUGCAUACAGUGUGUGCGAUGAAGUCGAUACCCUUAGGUGGAUUUCACGAGUUGGAAAACAAUGGUAAACUAUUUUUUGUAUAUCAUCACCCAAAAUACCAACCCAUACCACAAACAAAAAGCCCCUCCUCUGAUAAAACAGCCAACCACGAUCUCCCAUUUCAACCACUUUUCUUAUGUCCUCAUCUACGUGUUACUAAAAAUUCUUCUGAUUCUCUCACUUACCCAAUCAGUUAUUCCCCUGAAUACAUCGUCUCUACAACAAAAAGUGAUGAAGAUUUGUCAGUACUCCCUUUGUUUUGGUGUAACAAUAAAGAAUUCAAUGUUGAUGGUGGGUGCGACAUAUGCAGCGGCUCAAAUUUUGGCACAGACUAUUAUUUCUGUGUCUACUGUGAUAAAAUUUAUCACAAAGAAUGCGUGCAGUCUCCAAUUUCAAUCAAACACCCUUAUCAUCCUGAGCAUUCUUUGCAGCUUUCCUAUCGCCUACCUAGUGCUCCCGAUAUAGAGUGUUUAUGUUGUGGAACAACAGCUACAGAUCUAGUAUAUGGUUGUACCAUAUGUGAAGCUGUAAUGCAUACACCAUGUGCAAUGAAGUCGAUACCUUUUGUUAUCGACCAACCAAAAAGCCAUGACCAUUCCCUCACUCUUUUUCCGAGACAAGCUUCCUUAACUUGCAACGUUUGUGGUUUACUCAGAAAAAACUAUCCCACCUUUGUUUGUCUUAGAUGCAACUUUGUUGCUCAUAAAGACUGUAUGUAUUCUCCACACAUCAUCAAGAUUUCACGUCACCAUCAUCGUAUCUCCUACACUGCUUCUCUCCAAUCCGAAGAAUGGUCUUGUGGAGUUUGUCGUAAAAGUAUUGACGGUGAUUAUGGUGCAUAUACUUGUGAAAAAUGUAAGGAUUAUGUUGUUCACGUAAGAUGUGCUCUACGGAAAGAUGUGUGGGAUGGAGUUGAACUUGAAGGUGUACCAGAAGAAGAUGAUAUAACAAAAGAUGUCGGGCCGUUCGAGAUAAUAUCUGAAGGAGUGAUACUUCAUUUUCUUCAUGACCAUCAUCUCCAACUUGAGGUUAGCAUAUUAUAUGAUGAAGAGAAGUUUUGUCAAGCAUGUGUCAUUCCUAUCUAUGAAGGUAAUCAUUACAUUUGUGUGGAAUGUGACUUCACCAUCCAUGAAAUAUGCGCAAAAGAUCGGCGAAGAAUACAACAUGCGUUACAUCCUCAUCCACUUACAUUAAAUGCCGUGAGUAAAUAUGAUACGGGCGACUUCGAGUGCAAUGCUUGUGUUCGUAAUUCUGGUGGCUUUGUCUAUAUGUGUUCGAGAAAGGAAUGCAACUUCGAUCUAGAUGUACGAUGCGCUUCAAUUUCUGAACCGUUUAAUUUCCAAGGUCAUGAACAUUCAUUGUUCCUAGCUAUAGACCCAAGCGAAAAACCCAUUUGUCAGAUGUGCAAAUCAGAGAGCCAUAUACCAUUAAAUUGCAUUAAAUGCGAUUUUGUUGUAUGUAUCAAGUGUGCGACGUUACCAUUUAAAGCAAAGUAUAAGCAUGACAGACACUCUCUCACAAUUCUGUGGGGAGAAGAGGUAUGUGGAAAAGAUUGGUGUGAGGUGUGUGAGCGUAAUUUAGGAGAUACAGACACAAAAGUGUUCUAUUGGUGCAACGAGUGCUGCACUACUCUUCAUAUUGAAUGCUUAUAUGGGGAAAUCCUAUAUCUAAAACUUGGUAAGUAUAUUUUUGAUAGUGGUGGGAAAGAGUUCCAAAUUCUUGGGAAAGCUACUUCUUCUAGACCAUUUUGCAAUAUUUGCAAAAACCGUUGUCAAGGCAAAAUAUUUACGAGAGAUAAUCGCAUAGCAUGUUCUUUGAUAUGCGCCAGUGACAUUGUUUAAGUGUUCUCUAAAGAUGAACCACCAUCCACUAAGUUAUUUGUUGUAUCUUUGUUUUUAUUUUUAUUUUGGUCAACAAGAGAUAUUUCUCUAUGUAAUACAGCUUUUGUUUUGAAUUCAUACUUUUGUUUUAUUUUUGGUAAAUUAUUUUGUACUUUC